UGACCAGGCGUUCAGAUUCGUUGCUCAGAAAGAACGUAAACAAACUGACUCUGGGAGAAGCCAAGAACCUGAAACAGGCUCUACGUGAGCUUCAGAAUGACCGUGGUCCAGGAGGUUUUGAGGCCAUAGCCGGCUUCCACGGAGCUCCGUUCUUGUGUCCAGAGAAGGGUGAAACUAAAUAUGCUUGCUGUGUCCAUGGAAUGCCAGUGUUCCCCCACUGGCAUCGUCUGUUCACGGUGCAGUUUGAGCAGGCUCUGAAACAGCACGGCUCAAUUGUUGGAAUUCCCUACUGGGACUGGACUGCCCCUGGACGAGCGCUGCCUCCAUUCUUGACCGAUGACAGCCAUGAGAAUCCUUUCAGCACCUACUUCAUCACCUUUGCCGGCCAGAACAUAACAAGGAGCCCCCUCAAUGCACUGUUCAGCGCCAACACAUCCGGAGGCAACACCAUCUUGUACGACCUGACACUUGAUGCUCUGGAAGAGGAAGACUACUGCCACUUCGAAACUUCUCUGGAGUUCCUUCACAACAGAAUACACUUCUUCAUUGGAGGGACCGGUACAUAUUCUAUGUCCACGCUCGACUACUCUGCUUUUGAUCCUGUCUUCAUAAUUGUGCACUCGGGCAUGGACAGACUUUGGGUCUUAUGGCAG